UUCUUCAGCUCAGAACAAGUCUACAUGUAAAUUGGCUUGCGAGAAUUAACAGAGUGCUCUCUCUUAUGUCUGUGUUUAGUUAUGGUACCUAAUCUUUCUCCCAUGUCAUUCAUUUUCCUCUUUCUUUUCAUGUUUCCUAUCACAUCUCAUGCAAAUGGUGAAAACCCAUCUCCAUUUGAGUUUAUCAAGGAUCUUGAGGGAUGUCAAAAGGGACACAAAGUUAAAGACAUCCAUAAGCUCAAGAAGUACCUUCAACAGUUUGGUUACUUGAGCUAUAGCCAUUCCGAAUACCAAACCCAUGCCGACAAUGAUGAUUUUGAUGAUCUCUUAGAGUUUGCCAUCAAAACCUACCAGACCAAUUACUACCUCAAGGCCAGUGGAAAUCUAGACUCUGAAACAGUGUCCGUGAUGGUGAAGCCUCGCUGUGGCGUAGCAGAUAUCAUCAAUGGCACGAGCAGAAUGAGGUCGGGAAGCAGAAGCUAUCCGCAUGGCUAUGGAUCUCUCCAUACAGUAGCUCAUUAUUCCUUCUUCGCAGGAUCCCCAAGAUGGCCACCUUCCAAUACCCAUCUCACCUAUGCAUUUCUUUCCGGCACCUCAAGUACGACCAUGAGCGCUGUGACGAGAGCUUUUGGCCAGUGGGCUUCUGCAACGGACUUCACCUUUGCAGAGACUCAAGACUACACGAAUGCUGACAUGAAAAUUGGUUUUCAGAGGGGUGAUCAUGGAGAUGGAUUCCCGUUUGAUGGCCCCGGUGGAACCAUAGCUCAUUCUUUUUCCCCAACUGAUGGAAGGCUUCAUUUUGAUGGGGAUGAAUCAUGGGUAGUAGGUGCUGUUGCUGGUGCAUUUGACGUGGAGACUGUUGCCUUGCAUGAGAUAGGUCAUCUUCUUGGACUUGGUCAUAGUUCAGUUGAAGGCGCUAUCAUUUUUCCCACCAUUGCCUUUGGAGUGACUAAGGGUUUGAAUGAGGAUGACAUUCAAGGAAUUCAGGCUCUGUACAACUUUAGGACUAGAACUGGCUCUUGCUCUUAUGAAAUUAUGUAGAUGUGGUGGAUA